UCUAUCGACUCGACAGCAUGGUGAAGGUGCCCCGAUUUGGGCCUCCGCCCAACAAGGAGAAACCUGCACCGUAUUUCCCGGGGGUCUCAGCGACGGCAUUUGAUCCAGCAAGUGCCUUGCAGGCCUAUACUGAUGUGAUGAGAACGGAAAAGGAAAACAUCGCCAAGGGCUUGUUGAUGUACGACAAACUUGAUUUGGCCAAGCAGAAAUUCCGAGAAGGGAAUGCCGAUCCAGCUGUCGCAAUUCCAAAGAAGCUUUCAGACAUGUUGCCAGGCUAUGGCUCUUUGGCAGAGUUUUGCCAUCAUUUAGGCUACUUGCGCGAUCCAAUCUCCGGCCGUUUUAUUCCUGAUGAGUCAUGUAGCCUGGAGGAAAAGGAGCGGACGUGCCUGUCUGCUGCUCCACCCUUGGCCAAGAAUCGAUCUUCACCAUCUGUGGUAUCACGAGGCCACGAGCCAUUUGUUCAGGCUCUACAACGAGAGCUGAAACCGUUGCCAACCAGACCCGCCAGAGUCCGAAGAUCCACAUCGAGCUCAUCGGGCAUAUCUUUAUCAGGCCAAGAUCGAUUUCAUCGCACUUUGGAGAAGUUGCAGCUCUGGGAAGCUCGCGAAGUCCCCAAGUUGGGCCAGAGCCGGGCUCGAAAGGUUGCCUGGCGAUAAAAAGAUGACCAAUGACCCAAUGAACGGUUGCUAGCUCUGACAUUUUCUGGCUGAAUAUCCCA